AUGUCUGGACCACGGGAUACAACAACUGGCGAUCAGGCAAAGGCUAUGGCAGACCUGACUCAACAACUGGCAGCCCUCAUCACCAUUUUGGACAAUUUGUACAAAAUCCAGCAUCAUCUACUACAUCUGCACCAUCAAAUGUGUCGACUGGAACGAGUCAGUUGGUGGAAUCUAUUUCGACUCGAAUUCCGAAUUUCUCGUACGAUCCGGAUGAAGACAAGACAUUUGAUGGAUGGUGGAAUCGAUAUGAAGAUAUCAUCACCAAGGAUGGCUCUUCUCUCACAGAAGAUGCCAAAGUCAGCGAUCAACUCACAAGUCAACCGUAUCUACAGGACAGUCAUUAUAAAUGGAAAAAAGCUGAAGAUGCAGAUGGAUACAGGUGCUGAUAUCACGAUGAUCAGUAUAAUAGAUUGGAAGCUGUUGGGCAGUCCAGAACUUCAGGCACCAACAAUUCAAGUGAAAUCUGCAAACCAUCAACCGAUUGCCGUCAAAGGAUUUUUCAAGUGUCAUUUCAAGCUGAAUGGUACAUCUGCAUCGGGAAUGGCUCAUGUGGCGGAGACCGGAACUCUUCUGGGAACCGAUUGGAUCUCCAAGGAUCCACAUUUUUGGCGAAUGCUAAACGCAAACCAAGUCAGCAAAGUUUCUUCCGAUGUUGGCUCAGCAUGCGACUACCUGGACAACAUGCAUGAAGGACUUAAAGCUGAGUUGAAUAAACAGUUUUCAGAUGUCUUCAAACCAGAACUUGGUCGCUGCACGAAGACAAAAGCAUCUCUGGUACUAAAACAGAAUGCUCAACCAGUAUUCCGGAAAGCCCGCCUAGUUCCAUUUGCCGCCGUUUCCACAGUUUCCGAAGAAAUUGAACGACUACAAAAAGCUGGUGUCAUUUCACCGGUGGACCACUCCGAUUGGACCGCACCAAUCGUACUUGUCAAGAAGAAGAACGGAUCGCUACGGAUGUGUGCAGACUUCUCAACGGGUCUCAACGACGCCAUCCAACUUCACCAGCAUCCUCCUCCAACUGCCGACGAUAUCUUCGCCACACUAAACGGUGGGAAGUAUUUUUCUCAGAUUGAUCUCGCCGAGGCUUAUUUUCAGAUUGAUCUCGACGAGCAAGCCAAGAGCAUACUGUGCAUCAACACACACAAGGGAUUGUUGCGCUACAAUCGCCUAGCAUUCGGAGUCAAGUCAGCUCCAGGAUCGUUACAGCAAGUGAUGGGUUCUAUGAUCACGGGUCUCGAUGGCACUGCAGCAUACCUUGAUGAUAUCAUCAUUUCGGGUUCUACCAUUGAAGAACACAACAAGAGAUUAAUGGCACUGAUGAAGCGGAUCAAUGACUAUGGAUUCCGCAUCAGACUGGGAAAGUGCACAUUCUUGAUGGAAAGGAUCACAUUUUUGGGAUUCGUCAUCGAUUCGGAUGGUAGAAGACCGGAUCCGGAGAAGAUAGCUGCCAUUGAUCAGAUGCCACCACCAACAAAUGAUAGCCAAGUCCGAUCAUUUUUAGGAUUCAUUCAGUUCUACGAGUCUUUUGUUUCGGAGUUGUUCAAGCUUCGCCCACCAUUGGAUGCCCUUACAAAGAAGGAUGUCAAAUUCCAAUGGACUCCUCAAUGUCAAUUUUCAUUCGACCGCGUCAAGCAGAUUCUUCGUUCCGAUUUGCUGUUAACACAUUAUGAUCCGAACCUCCCGAUCAUCGUCUCUGCCGAUGCCUCUCAAUACGGUAUUGGUGCUGUAAUCUCUCAUAGAUUUCCAGAUGGUUCCGAGUACGCAAUCUACCACAUCAGCAAAGCUCUCACAGCACCACAACGGAACUACAGUCAGAUUGAGAAAGAAGCUUUUGGUCUCAUCACGGCUGUCACCAAGUUCCACAAAUUCAUCUAUGGCCGUCACUUCACACUCAAAACGGACCACAAGCCAUUACUAUCGAUUUUUGGAGAUAAAAACGGUAUACCCCUUUAUAAUGCUAACCGUCUCCAGCGUUGGGCGAUCAUCCUGCUCAACUACGACUUCUCGAUCGAAUACGUCAACACUCACGAUUUUGGCCAAGCUGAUGCCCUGUCAAGACUGAUCUCCGAACAAAUCCAACAGACGGAAUGUGAGGAUCGUGUGAUUGCUCAAGUGGAAUCGGAAGUCUUGACAAAUCUGGUUACAACAUGUGAUCAAUUGCUUGUGACUGCUAAAAUGAUUCGAGCAUCGUCCAAGAAGGAUCCUCUGCUGAAUCAAGUAUACCAGUACACUAUCUCAGGUUCGUGGCCCAAAACCUCUGAUAAAACUUCACAAUUAUCUCUUUUCCACAACCGACGUGAUCAACUCUCCAUCGUGUCCGAAUGUUUGAUGUUCAAUGGUCGAAUCGUGAUACCACAUGCUCUGAGAUCCCGAGUCCUCAAAAUGAUACAUCGUGCUCACCCAGGAAUUGUGAGGAUGAAACAAUUGGCAAGAUCACUAGUCUAUUGGCCAGCCAUUGAUAAGGAUAUCGAGAAAAUGAUCCGCACCUUCUUGGAUCAAUUGCUUCCCAACGACCAACUUCUCGUCUCGCAUGACACAGAGAUGGAGAAGCAGUUCAACAAACAGCAUGGUGCCCGGCGACGCAGUUUUAUAGCCGAUGAAAAGGUUUAUGUUAAAAACUUCAGUAGCAUAAAUACUACCACUUGGAUUCCAGGAAUCAUUCAAAGACGCAUUGGACGAACGUUGUAUCGAGUGCUCGUCAAGGAUACUGUAUGGAUCAGACACAUCAAUCAACUCCGUCGACGCGACAACCCAAUCCACGUAGACGUGCCACUGGACCUGAUGGAUUCAAUUGAUGUGACACCAACACCCGCUCCAGCUCUAACCAGUUCCACCGCUCCACCAUCUCCAGCAUACUUGUGA